CAUUAAUAGCGUACAUCACGUUCCCAUCUAGAAUAUUCUUUUCCUUUUUGUUAUAGACUCACUCGUUCUUAUCUGUCACUAGAAUAUUGGUAAAAGAGCGCUACUCUAGAUCCGCUUUGUCAGAAAUUUCUACCUCUUCACACAUUGUUCAACUGUCAAUAACUCCCACCCAUGAAGCACCAUAAGGAUGUAGUUUGUCAAAUUACCUCCAGCGUCUCUCAAUACUUCAAGCGGCGGGAGCCGUUUCGGAUUUUUCAUGGCUCCACCAACAGCACGCGACCCGGGGGCCGCCAGAACACAGUUGACAUCAGCGCACUCUCACGCGUCCUGCGCGUCGACACGAAGACUAAAAUGGCGCUUGUUGAGCCUAAUGUGCCUAUGGACCGCUUGGUUGAGGCGACCAUGCAAUACGGUCUUGUUCCGCCGGUUGUGAUGGAAUUUCCCGGUAUCACGGCAGGAGGAGGGUUUGCAGGGACAGGCGGCGAAAGCAGCUCUUUCAAAUACGGAUACUUCAAUGAAACCGUCAAUUCAAUCGAAGUCGUCCUCGGUAACGGGGAGGUCGUAACGGCAUCUGAAAAAGAAAACACGGACCUCUUCCAUGGAGCCUCUGGAGCCGUAGGGACUCUAGGAAUUACGACACUGCUCGAGCUGCAGCUCGUCCAAGCAAAGAAAUACGUCGAAGCAACAUACCACCCCGUCCGCUCAGUUGCCGAAGCCGUAGCAAAGGUCAAAGAGGAAACGCUCAACCCAGCCCACGAUUACGUAGACGGGAUCCUCUUCUCUAAAGAUCAUGGCGUCAUCGUUACAGGCCGUAUGACGGACUCCCUCCCAUCAGGAUCUGCUAUCCAGCACUUCAGCGCCCCUAGCGAUCCUUGGUUCUACCUCCACGUCCACGACCGUACCCUCUCUGCCACUACACCCAUCACCGAGCAUAUACCACUCGCCGAAUACCUCUUUCGCUAUGACCGCGGCGGCUUCUGGGUCGGGCGCUCCGCCUUCUCCUACUUCAACUUCCCAUUCAACAAGCUCACGCGCUGGUUCCUCGACGACUUCCUGCACACCCGCAUGCUGUACAAAGCGCUGCACGCCUCCGGCCAAUCCAGGAAUUACGUCGUCCAGGACCUCGCAAUCCCCUACCCCACCGUCGAGAAAUUCAUAGACUACACCGUCUCCUCCUUCAACAUCUGGCCCCUCUGGCUCUGCCCUUUGCGUCAAUCUCGCCUCCCAACUCUGCACCCGCACACCUCUGCCACAGAAACCGAUAAGAAGACCCUCGCGCCUCUUCUCAACGUCGGCUUGUGGGGGUUCGGGCCUCCUGAUCCCGCUGCCUUCGUUACUAAAAAUCGCGAGCUCGAAGCUAAACUAAAAGAGCUAGGGGGUAUGAAGUGGCUGUACGCGCACACCUACUACCCGGAGGGCGAGUUCUGGGAAAUGUUCGACAAAGAGUGGUAUGAGGGGCUGCGGAAAAAGUACCAUGCGGAGCGAUUGCCGAGCAUGUGGCAUAAGGUGCGGGUGGACGAAGAGGCGCAGCGGCGGGCGGAGGAGGAAGGGGGCUGGGGCGCGUGGGCGUUGCGGAAGUGGCCGCUGGGGGGGCUGUGGGGGAUUCGCAAGGCGAUUCAGAGUCGGGAAUAUCUGGUUGCUAGGAGAUCGUCGUGGAAGGAUAAAGGAGAGUGAUGGAAUUAUGUUUGGGCCGAUUUUGUAAAUCAUGUACGACUAUGGAGAAUAGUGGGCUAUUUCCGACUGCAUCACUUUCAAAAAGGGCCUCCUUGUGGUGAAAAUAGUAUGCUCUGCUAUGAACUGUCUCGUUUGGCGAGCCAAUAUCUAACCCUCCUGGAUCCCGACUCAAUGGCUCCCGGAAACAGCCUGAUGCUUGAUGAUCCGGAGAGGUUCGGGGCAUAGUCUGGGGAAGGGUGAGGGGAAAAGGAAGAUACCAUGCUACAUCUCUUUCGACCGGGGAACAACACAUGCA